AUGGGUAAGUACCUGAUCAACAAGUACAGCGACCUGGUAGAAAUGAUUACAAGUGAUGACAGGGCAGUGUUACACUAUGUAGGUUAUGGAGGAAAUAUUGCUCUUUUCAAGUUUCUUACAGACAAAGGUUUAGAUGUUCGAAAGAAAACAAACACUGGAAAAACAGCCCUACAUAUUUGCUGUGAAAAUGGUGAAUUGGAAAUGAGUAUGUACCUGGUAAACAAGUACCCCGACUUAUUAGAAAUGGGAACAAGUGAGGGGGAGACUGUGUUACAUUAUGCAGCCUUCGGAGGAAAUACUGAUGUUUUCAAAUUUCUUCUAGAAAUGGGAUUAGAUGUGCAAAAGAAAACAAACACUGGGAAAACUGUUCUACAUAUGUGCUGUGAAAAUGCUGAAUUGGAAAUGAGUAAGUACCUGGUCAACAAAUACCCUGACCUAGUAGAAAUCUGUGACAAUGAUGGCAUAAAUGCAAUACAUUAUGCAGUCUAUGGAGAAAAUAUAGAUGUACUCAAACUUCUGAUAGACAAAGAUGUAGACGUUCGAAAGAAAACAAACACUGGAAAAACUGUUCUUAAUAUUUGCUGCCGUGAGAAUGGUAGAUUGGAAAUGUGUAAGUACCUGGUCAACAAGUACCCUGUCCUACUAGAAAUCUGUGACAAUGAUGGCAUAAAUGCAUUACAGGAGGCAGCAAUUAAAGGAAAUAAUGAUGUAUUCAAGCUUCUAACAGACAAAGGUUUAGAUGUUCGAGUUCAAGAUGGCUUGACUGGUUCUUCGAUGGAAGAAGCGCUUGGAAGACCAACAAACUGA